UGGAUUUUCAUCGAGAGGAAAUUUCAGUCUGUGCGCACAUAUGCGCCUUCUGUCCUCCCCUAACAUCCGGUAAGGUUCCUUUUACACGUGAUCAACGAACGCGCAUUGGUGGAAAUUUGAUGAACUUUGACCGCGAAACUAGACACACCGCCACUAUGAGGCUCGAAGAUCACAUGUAAACAUGGCGGCUGUGUGUAGGAGAUCUCACUCGUUCUUUUACCAUCUUUUGGGUUCUUUACCGUGAACGAUCCUCACAUUUUAUCUGAGAAAAGGAAUGGCAGCAACAGGGCCGUACAUAAUCUACAAGUCUUCCCAGUUCUGCGCUGCUGUUCGUUGCAAUGUUGGCUUCGAUCAUCCACUUCGCAAGCGAAUUCGUGAAGUCGAGUUCCCUUUUCCAAAAGGAGCAGACACGCUGCCUCUUCGGCUUAAUCUGGAAAGUUUGAGUUCCGCAGUUAAUGAAAUAUGCCAGCAGAUGAGAGAAAGAAGAGAAAAAUACUUGCUUCAGAGACAGAGCAUCAAGCAACGAAGAAAAGGUUUUUGCGAAGAUUUUUAUGCAGAGAAGACAGAAGGAAAUCUGAGUUACGAAAACCAGUUGGCAAACCGGGACAUUCGCCUUCUUGGUGCUGGUGGAUUUUUGUGGGAUAGGGAGCGAGUUACGGAUUAUGAACUGUUCAGGUGUAAGAAGGAAAACUCUAGGAAAAGGAAGAGUGACAGAAGAAACAAUGAUAAAGAAGAAUGGGAACACUUCAUUAACCAACAUCAGUUAGAGGUGUGGAGGAGGCCUAUUAAUACCACUGGGCUUUAUGAAUACAAAGUUUUUGGUACUUUCUUUGACAUAAAUGCAACAUCCUUCUAUAGAACUCAGGUUGAUAAUGAGUACCGUUUAUGCUGGGACCAGUUUGUGUUAAAACUUGAUGUUGUUGACUCUGACCCUGUGACUGGAACUGAAGUACUACACUGGGUCACAAAAUUUCCUUAUCCAUUGAGAAAUAGAGAUUAUGUGUUUGUAAGAAGAGGGAAGAUUGAUCAUAAUUCAAGGACAAUGGUUCUGGUUUCAAGGGCAACUUGUCACCCACUCUGCCCAGAGAGUAGUGAACAUGUGCGAGUGCCAAGCUACCACUCCAGCAUGGUGAUUGUACCACAUAAAACAUUUGAUGAGGAUGGCUUGGACUUUGUUCUGUCUUACUUUGAUGAUCCUAAGACGAACUUUCCAUCUUAUUGCAUGAACGUUUUGACGAGCACAAAUCUUCCAACCUUUAUUGAAACACUGCAUAAUGCAGCUGCUGGUUUGAAUCAACACCAGGAAAAAAUGCUACAAGCCAGUUGAAACACUAUUAUCGCAACUUGACGACAAAAUGAACAUUAGAAUUAUGGAAACGAUGUUGCGGAAAAUUUAACUUUCAGCAAAGCCAGUUAAAUAUUUUCGCGAAUCAUAAAUUGAUCUACCUUUCUGCACUAGCUUGAGACAAGUAGGUUUGAAACUUUGAGGAUGCACUGUGUGCAGAGUUGGGACGAUUUAUCAAGAGAGUUGUGAAGCUACCGUGGUUUCAAAGUAUCUCACCUCGUAACGGUGUGUGGGAUGAAAGCAGCCCAAAAUAAAGACUAUUUUGGAAAAAUAAGAAAGUAUUAAAUAAGAAAACAUUGUCCACUCAAAAUGAAGUUAUGUAGAAAAACGUACACUCUAUUUUUGGUAUAAUGUUGAUUAAAUACAACUGCGGCACUCAA